CUUAAUGCCAGAGUAACGUGGCGCAGUCCAGUUGGCAAUCAGCACCAUUUAAGAUUCAGACUCCCCUUAGCGAGCAGAAUGGAGGAUCCUUGGCAAAAGGCGUAUGACUUUGCUGUUGCAGUGGCAAGAAAAGCUGGAGCGGAGAUCAGGAAAGCUGGAGAGAGUGAAAUAAGAGUCAUGACAAAGAGCUCCACUGUGGAUCUUGUCACCAAGACUGAUGAGAGGGUGGAGAAAAUUAUCAUUUCGUCUCUUAAAGAGGAAUUUGGAGAAGAUGCACACUGUUUCAUUGGGGAGGAGUCAGUUGCCAAAGGGGAGCCGUGUGUCUUGUCCGACAAGCCUACGUGGAUCAUAGACCCAGUGGAUGGCACCACAAACUUUGUACAUGGAUUCCCAUUUGUGGCUGUGUCUAUAGCCUUUGCUGUCAAUAAGGAGGUAGAGUUUGGUGUGGUAUACAGCUGCUUGGAGGACAAGAUGUAUAAAGCAAGAAAGGGGAAGGGCGCUUUCUGUGAUGAUGAACCCAUUCAGGUGUCUGAUAUGAAAGACAUUAACAAGUCAAUUAUCAUUUCUGAGCAUGGAACUGAUAGAAGCCCAGAAAAAGUAACCAAGAUCUUCUCCACCAUGCAAAAGAUCCUCUGCAUCCCUGUGCAUGGGCUACGUGGGUCAGGAACAGCUGCUACCAACAUGUGUCUGGUGGCGACCGGGGCUGUUGAGGCUUUCUUUGAGAUUGGGAUCCACUGCUGGGACAUUGCUGCUGGUGUGAUCAUAGUCAAAGAAGCUGGAGGCAUCCUCCUGGAUGUUGAUGGGGGACCGUUCGAUCUGAUGUCUCGGAGGAUGGUUUCGGCAAACAAUGAGCUUAUUGCUAAACGGAUCAUCAAGGAAAUAGAAAUAUUCCCAGUGGGGAGGGAUGAUGCUCCAGCAGAGAAGUGAGAAGACUCUUAAAGGCAGUUUACACUGAAUUUCAGC